UGAUCAUGCAAAGCGCAUGCGCAGCUUGGCGCUGUGACGUAGGCGACUAAAAAAAAAAAAAAAAAAACACCAAAAAUGUUUUUUCCGGUCCACUGAAAAACAGUGCAACUGGUGUUAUACAAUUUCUGCACCUCGUGUUUAAAAAGUUUAGUUUUCAUUGACCACAACAGCGAGGCCGUAAUGCAGAGUAUAUACAGGGCUCAGAACUUUCAGUUUCAUUUUUCUUAGCGGACGAAACCAUUAACAAGAAUCACUUUCCUUUUACUUAACAUUUUACUUUGCAUAUAAAAUCAUUUACACACAAAACAGAACAUGAUAAAACCAAAGAAUGUCACCAGCAAUGGCAUUUUGAAUUUAAGAAUAUUGAAUGUGUAGGUCGUUAUUAACGAAUAACCUACACUAAAAUGGUUUAGUCCUUCUGGAGCAGUCAGUAUAUCUGUGUAAAAGAUGCGUAUAACGGUACGCGCUGAGUCACUGGGCUGCAGCGCUCAGGACGAGUAAUUUGCCAGUUGUGGGGAACCCUGAUUAUACUCAUUCUAUGCAUAUGAGUCUUCUGCUGUAGAGUCAUACAGCCAUGACAUUUGCCAGUACGCAAACCAAUCUCGAGAGCUUUCUUCAGGACUUGGGGCUGAAGCAACACCUCACUGAUAAACUCUCCCUGAGUACUGUACUACAGGUAGACAAGAGCACAGUGACAGAUGAUCCAGCAUGGUCUCGAUCAGAUUUACCAUGGCUUUUUCUCAAGAAACUUAUGAUUCUGAAUGUGACUGCAAGAAAUAUCCAGUGUUUUUCAUCAGCCAAUGAGAAUGAAGACGUGACAAGUUUGGACCUAGAUAGUGAUCUUGAGAGUCUUGUCCUUAACCAGGACUCUAGUCAAAAUGUUAAUCCUUUAGACAUCAUCACUGCACUCUUCCUUUGCUCAGACAGUUUUCUUCAACAAGAGAUUGCCUUGAAAAUGUCUAUGUGCCAAUUCUCUGUGCCUUUACUGCUUCCUAAUUGUGACACACAGCAGAGCAUGUUCAUGCUUUGGGCCUUAAGAGAUAUUGUGAAGAAGUUCAGACCACACUCUUUGUCUGAUCCAAGAGGGUUUGUAGAAGACAGGAUCAUUCUGGCUGACUUACCCUUAGUGUCGUUUGUAAGACUUGGAGACUGUAGCAUUUCCAAAUCUCAAAUCUUGAACAAGCUGCUCAGUAAUCCACAGCAAUAUCAUGAUACAUUUGUGCACCAUGACAUGGACUGUGGAGACAUCCCAAGAAAAAUAUCAAAUGGCUUGGUGGAGAUCAGCUGGUACCUACCUUGUGGAAGUAAAAACAUAGACAUCUUCCCAGAACCUGUGGCUAUUGCAAACUUGAGAGGGGACAUAAAUACAUUUGAAACUCAGUACACAUUCCUUUGUCAGAUUUCUACAGCGGUUUUUGUGUUCUCUGACAACUUUGACUCAGAUUGCUUGCUAAGCAGCAAUACACAUGUAAAAGCACAAUUGUUUUUGGUGGGUAAUGCACAGACCAAAGCAUUCAACCUGGAUUUGUUGAAAAGAACAGCUGCUGCAUUGAACUUGAAAAAAAACAGCAUCAUUCUAAAGACCAAGCAAAAUGAUACAGAUUUAGUCAAGAAUCUGUGUUCUGCAGUGAGUCGUGUUGUUAAAAACAGUUCGAUGACUAUACAACUCGAGAAGAUGACCACAGUUGCACAUGAAUUUGGAAUUUUGAUUGAUGAAGACAAUAAGGAGUGCCAAACAGCAAAAGAAAAUGCAGAGGCAAUCACUAACGAGAUAAAGGACACACUAACUUUUAAGGAAGAACAGCUCCCUUUGCAAGGUGAGAUUUGGAAGAAAUUAGGAAAAUUAGAGAAAGAGGAGUGUAGGCUUCGCAAAGCUGGGAAUAAGAACAUUCAGAUGUAUAAAGGCGAACUUACUAAACAAAAGAUGGAACUCAGGAAGCAGCAAAGCAGCUAUGAAAUGUCAAAAGCCAUGUCCUGCUUCAUAAAUGCAUUAUCAAGUUCAAAUCUUGAGAGAUCUUACUUCCUGAAAUGGAUGCGAAUGAAUCUGGACAAUCUGUCUCGCAAAAAACUAUCUGGCCUUAGAGAAUUGUACAAGGAGAAAUGCCAAGAAUCAUCUGAGAAGAAGGAGGAGAUUGCAUUACUUGACAGACAGAUCUCAAACAGUGCUUUGGGAACUGAACACUUUUUGAGGGAAAUGGGUCAGCUGUAUGAAGCUGCUGUCACCCUUCCAGAAAACAUACAAUCACGACAACAAAUGCUACACUUACCCAAACUGUGCGCUGGGCUCCUUUUAGAUGGAUUCCCUGUUGAACUAGUUGAUGGAGAUGCUUCAAAUAUACCUCUAAGGUGGAUUAGUGAUGUACUGAAAGAGCUGAAUACUUUAGUGCAACCCAAGAGUAAGAUCAUGGUAGUCACAGUAUUAGGAGUCCAGAGCACAGGAAAGUCUACCCUACUAAACACCAUGUUUGGGGUUCAGUUUGCAGUCAGCAGUGGAAGAUGUACACGAGGAGCUUUCAUGUUGCUGAUCAAAAUCACAGACCGUUUCAGAGAAAUACUUAACUGUGAUCAUUUAAUGAUCAUUGACACUGAGGGACUGAAAUCGCCUGAGCUGGCACAGCUCGAUGACAACUAUGAACAUGACAAUGAACUGGCCACACUUGUUGUUGGACUGAGUGACAUUACCAUCAUCAACAUUGCCAUGGAGAACUCCACAGAAAUGAAGGACAUUCUGCAGAUUGUGAUGCAUGCGUUCCUCAGGAUGAAGGAAGUGGGCAAAAAACCCAUGUGUGCAUUCGUGCAUCAGAAUGUAGCAGAUGUUUCUGCACACGACAAAAACAUGAGAGACCGGAAGCUCCUGUUAGAGCAGCUGAAUGAGAUGACAGAGGCAGCAGCUAAGAUGGAAAACAAGGAAGACUACAAGAAGUUUACUGAUAUAAUGGAGUAUGAUCCAGAGACUGGUAACUGGUAUAUACCUGGGCUCUGGCACGGUAACCCACCAAUGGCACCAGUGAAUGCUGGCUACUCUGAGGCUGUCUAUGACUUCAAAAAGAACAUGAUGGACAUUCUGAUAAAAAAGAAGAAAUCUACAAACAACAUUGAAGAAUUUUUGGAGUGGACAAAAAGCUUAUGGAAUGCAGUAAAAUAUGAAAAUUUCAUAUUCAGCUUUAGGAACAGCUUGGUAGCUGAUGCAUAUAUGAAACUGUGCACUAAAUUCCAUGAAUGGGAAUGGUCCUUCAAAAAGCACAUGUACACAUGGUUAACAUCUGCUGAAACCAGAGUGUCCAAUUUUGAGAUGUUGAAAUCAAAAUCUGACAAGAGAAACCUGCAAGAUUUACUGAAGACCCUGAAACACGAGGCCUCCUCAGAGCUUGAUAAAAGGGAAAAGACCAUUUUGGAAAACCUCGUCAAAUACUUUGAGCAAACAGAGGGUCAUGUCUAUCUCGUGGAAAAAUACAGAGAAGACUUUGUAAAGAGUGCAAAAUCUCUCAGGAGGGAAACAGAAAACUCAGUGCUGAGUAAAGUUAUUGAGAUUAGGACAGGAAAGAAUAAACUGGACAACAUCAAGAAAACGCAUACUGACAAAAUGGAAAAGAAAGUGCUAAACCUUCUUGAGGAGCUCCGGAAAAACAGAUGUUCAGAAACUAUGUCUGAAGCAGAGCUUGACAACGUCUUUGAAGACAUAUGGCGGGAAACUGUUGAAGAGCUGUCAUUUAAAGGCUUGCAGAGACAAAUAAUAUCCAACAGUGUUUUUAGCCAAUUACGAAUGAACAUGAAGCAAAAGGGAGGCUCUGUCUCUCAAAAGUUAAAUAAAGUGACACUGGAUCAAUAUGGCAAAGAGAAGUUCAUUGUUAUGCCAGAAAAUUUUUUUAAAAAAAUGAUACAUCAUGUUUACAAAUUUGAACACACAGUGAGACUGCAAGAGUUGGCAGACAGUGUCAUUGAUGCAUGUAUGCAGUCAGUUAAUGACAAAAAAGAGGGAAAAUCAGAUUAUCAUGACACCUACAUUCAGGAGAUCCUAGACAUAAUUGAUCAAAAAUUGACUUCAGGAAAGAAGUUGGAAUUUUCUGAGGACUUUGAACUUUCUCGUAAACUGCACAUUUGUGCUAUUUCUGCAAGAGAAUUCCAGGCCAUGCAUGACUGUUUUAUUGAAGAGAACGACCCACGCCGAUGCCUUGAGCAAUUCAAAGAGAAGUACCGUGCUGAUUUCAAAGAUCUGUUCAGUAAUCGUGAUCAGUGUCAGAGAAAGGCUGAAGAAUUCACAAAACUCUGCCUGAGCCCUGCAGUUGAGAUAUUCAUCUGUAGCUCACUGGGACCAUUCAGCACUCGUGCAUUUUUUCAGUACUCUAUUUUAAAACAACUUCUGACUGAGAGUGAUUUUCAGAACUAUGUGGGCUACAUACGUUCAUAUGAACGCUUUGUUAAAGACUGGAUAUUAAAACUAAUUACACACAGAUUUUCCGAAGGAAACAAACUUUUUGAGCUGGAACAGCAGCAUCUCAAAGGAGCUAUUAUGGAGAUAAAAGAGGCCAUCAAAAAAGCACAACAUGAGACAGAUGAAAAUGAAGGCAUAAAGGUAUUUAUCCAGAACAUUUGCAGAGAGCUUGGAAAAAAACUUGUCAUUCCAAACGAUGUCUUGGAAUCAGACAUGGUUUUGAAUAAUGCCAAACAGGAACAAUUUGCCCACUGGCUCACACAGUCUGUGGAAGAAAUGGAAGCAUCCUUGAAGGCUAAGUUUAAGGAGGAUAACAUUAAGAGCAAACUGAAAACACUCAAAAUCAAACCACAGGAUGAACUGUUCAAGCGUGUGUUUGGCUGUGGGAAACAGUGUCCAUUCUGCAAAGCACCAUGUGAGGCAGGAGGAGAAGCUCAUACACAUCACUCUGCUUCUGUACACAGACCUAAAGGACUUGGUUCAUACGUGUUUGUGCAGUCAGAGAAAUUAGUCACUAACAUUUGUUCCACUGAUGUGAACAGCGAUGCAAGGUUCAGAUGCCUAGAGACCCACUAUAAUUACCAUCCUUACAAGAAAUAUAGGGAGAUCUUUCCAGAUUGGCACAUCCCUGCAGACCCCAGCAUAGAGGCCUCAGACUACUGGAAGUAUGUGAUGGCGAACUUUAAUGACCAGUUUGCAAAAGCGUACAAUGCAAAGCCUGGAGAUAUUCCCCCAGUCUGGGAAAAAAUCACAAAGCAACAAGCAGAAAAUAGUUUGAAGGAGUGUUUUAGUAUCAAAUGAAUACUACUGAAAAAUCAUCAGGAUAAGGGAGUUUAAAGAAGACUGAUUUUGGCCUGAUGUCAAAAUGCUAUCACAAGUCUUUCACCAUUAGUCCAUUCCAUGAUGGCAGCUGUGGUCAACUUAAAAUUAUCCCUUUUAGCAGAUAAAUUAAUUUCUCAUUGUCUUUUCUAGUGACUUUAACUUUCCCUUUAAAAAUUCCAAACAACAGAGAGAAUAGUGUGCAUUUUGAUAAAACUGAAAAGCAUGAGAAUUACAGUAAUGUUUUUGGAUGUUAAACUUCACUAAUUAUUGAUUCUUAUUCUUUAAUUUGUUUGUUUCUAAUUGUGUUUUACUGCUCUUUCUUCCUGGGUGGUUAGAUGACUGUUGGUUUCUCAAAAGCAGAUUAUCUAAAGUAAAAACAAAUAUCUAAUUAAAUUUUAUUAUCCAUUAAUUUAAGUAUGUUUUGGUAACAUUGUUAUGUCUAUGUAACAUUUUCUGGCAUAUGUGAUGAUUAGAUAAAUAUUACAUUUAAAUCAAGACUUAGAUUUUAGUUCAUAGAAAGGUGACAGAAUGAUACUAAAGACAUCAUAACAUUUUGGCCUUGUAAUCGAAAUCAAUAUAACCUGUUUUACUUUCAAUAAACCUGUGAUUCUGUCUAAAACAAUCUUUCAUGCGUAUAAAUAUACACUCAUGGAGCACUUUAUUAGGAACACCUGUACACCUAGACAUUCCUGCAAUUAUCUAAUCAGCCAAAUGUGUGGCAGCAGUGCAGUGCAUAAAAAAAAUCAUGCAUACACAGUCCAGCAGAUUCAGGUAAUAUCCACAUCAGUCACCAGAAUAGGGGAAAAAUGUGAUCUCAGUGAUUUUGAUCGUGGCAUGAUUGUUGGCGCCAGAUGGGCUGGUCUGAGUAUUUCUACAACUGCUGAUCUGGGAUUUUCACAUACAACAGUCUCUACAGUUUACUCAGAAUGGUACAAUAAAGAAAAAACAUCCAGUGAGUUACAGUUCUGCGGACAGAAACAUCUUGUUGCGAGGUCAUUGGAGAAUGGCCAGACUGGUUUGAGCUGACAGAAAGGCUGCACCAUAUCAAGUAUAAGUCAUCUCAAACUGGUUUCAUGAACAUGACAAUGAGUUCAGUGUUCUUCAGUGGCCUUCCCAGUCACUGGUGCAGAAUCCAAUAGAAUGCCUUUGGGAGAACACCUUUGUAGAACAGGAUAUACACAACAUGAAAGUGCCCCUGAAAAAUCUGCAGGAAUUGCAUGAUGCAGUCAUAUAAACGUGGACCAGAAUCUCAAAGGAAUGUUUCCAACAUCUUGUGGAAUCCAUGCCAUGAAGAAUUGAGGCUGUUUUGAGAGCAAAGGGAGGCCUUACCCGGUAUUAGUAUAGUGUUCCUAAUAAAGCAGCCAGAGAGUAUAAUAAAUAUCCCACCCUGCUGAAAUAAUCAUUACUGCAAAAAUAAUCCGUCUCUGCCAUGCAUUUGCCCUUACAAAAGAGGCCUGUGAACAGUGCACUAAGGUCUCUAGUGGUUGAGUUUUCUCAUAAUCUGCUAUUUGACUUUUUUUUUUUUUAGAAUUGUAGGAUAUCAUUGGGACACAGGUUGGUACUUAUGUAAACUGUAGGGAGAAACACAACAUCAAUGGCUACAGAUAUCCAGAAGUACUCAGGAUUUUAAUAACAAAUUAUAUGAAUAAAAAUUAGCUUGUUGUGGAGCACACAAAUUCUGGUUAGCAUUCUUACUUCUGCUUCGAAAUGAAUAGGUUUGAUUAUGGAGAUCAAUUCCUAACACAGUGUGCACAAACUGUCCUAUUUAGAUGUGGUGUAAUUUAGUUCAUUAAAAGUAUAUAUAGUCCCCUCUGAAAGUAUUAUAAUGGCAAGGGCAAUUUGUUUGUUUU